AUGUCAAACUCGGCGGAAGCGCCGGGUAAGGGAGAUAACUCGCCGCCGGCAUAUUCAAAAGCACCUCCGCCGGGUAAUAAUAGGAAUAAUAAUACUAGUAGUUCUAACAAUAGCAACAACAAUAAUAAUAGCGGUAACAACAAUUCUCCGCCAUCUCCUCAAAAAGAGAGCAAUCAGUCACGAUCUCGUAACAAGCCUUCAUCUUCACCACAAAAUUCUCCUCCUCGUCAGGAAAAAAAUUCACCAUCAAAUGCGGCCCCAUCGAAUGGAAACGCUGAACCGGGAGGGACCAAAUGGAGUCCGCCAUCAGCACAAACUUCUCGUCCCUCUCCAUCUUCAUCAACUACUCCUGGAAUCACUCAGCCGCUCACUGAUUCAUCACCAACUGCGCAUAGUCAUCCAACAUCAUCCGGCUCUCCUAACACCAAAACGACGCCAGCAUCACCCUCAGACGGGCAUUCUUCUUCCAGUUCCGAGACAUCCAGCUCAUCAUCAACAAGUUCAGUUGGUCAUAGCACCAUUGUUGAUGUAACAGUAGCUGGUGCGUUUAUGGUCGCAUUUAUUGCGAUAUUUUUUGUGGCGAGGCGGAAGAAAAGGAGACAAGACAUUUAUGCCGGCCAUUACAUGCCCCCUCCCAGUAACUUUCCCCAGAAACCAGACGGAUAUUACUAUCCUCAGCCAUACAUGACGCCACAUUCUGGACCAAUGGAUCCCUACUAUGGCAAUAAAACCCAUCCAUCUCCAAUGGGAAGCUACGAAGGUCAAAUAGGAACUGGUUACCCUGGAGUGGGAUUGGACUCUGGUGUUUUCAGCGGAUCGAAGAGCUUUUUCACCUAUGAAGAAGUGAUGGAAAUAACAGAUGGAUUUGCUCGUCAAAAUGUUAUCGGCGAGGGAGGUUUUGGAUGUGUUUAUAAAGGAAAACUGCCAGAUGGGAAAGAGGUGGCCGUCAAACAGCUCAAGGCAGGUAGUGGACAGGGGGAGAGAGAAUUCAGGGCUGAAGUUGAGAUUAUCAGUCGUGUUCAUCAUCGACAUUUGGUGUCUUUGGUGGGAUAUUCCAUUGCUGAUCGUAAUAGAUUGCUUAUCUAUGAGUUUGUUCCGAAUAAUACUUUAGAGCAUCAUUUGCUUGGUAACACAGUUUUUUCAACUUCUCAAACUGUGUUGGAUUGGAGCAAAAGACUCAAGAUUGCUAUAGGGGCUGCAAAGGGUUUGGCAUAUUUACAUGAAGAUUGUCAUCCGAAAAUCAUUCAUAGGGACAUUAAGUCAGCGAACAUUCUGUUGGAUAAUGAGUUUGAAGCAAAGGUUGCAGACUUUGGACUUGCUAAACUAAACGACACUACUCAGACCCAUGUCUCAACUAGAGUGAUGGGGACAUUUGGGUAUUUAGCACCAGAGUAUGCAGCAAGUGGAAAAUUGACAGAUAGAUCAGAUGUAUUCUCAUUUGGAGUCGUGCUCCUAGAACUUAUAACUGGGCGUAGACCAGUUGAUCCGACUCAGCCUCUGGGGGAGGAGAGUUUAGUUGAAUGGGCUCGUCCUGUACUUGCUCAGGCCCUUGAAACCGGUGAUAUUAGUGAAUUAGUUGAUCCAAGGCUUGAAAAACAUUAUGUGGAGGCUGAAGUGUUCAGAAUGAUCCGGACAGCUGCAGCCUGUGUCCGUCAUUCUUCUCAAAAGAGGCCUCGCAUGGUUCAGGUUGUGAGAGCAUUGGACAGUGAAGGAGAAAUGUCUGAUCUAAGCAACGGGGCGAAAUUUGGUCAAAGCACUAUUUAUGAUUCUGGUCAAUACAAUCAAGACAUGAUGAUGUUCAGGAAACUGGCACUUGGAGACAGUUCUGAAUUCAGUGGAGAUUACUCUUCCGGGGAAAUGUCAGGAAUAGCAAAUUCAGGCAUGAACAAUACUGGAGAGUUUAAAAAUAGUGGGCCUCAGGGGCAAUAUGGUGGCCGGCUUUAAUUCCAAGGGAUUUCCUGAUGUGUCACCAGAUAAAUUCCACUUCUAACUUCACUAAUUUUCUGGUACAUAUACUGGGAAAGGCCGCAUCAAUUUGAGCUGCCUUUGACUGACUUGAUCCGAAUUAAUCUACUUUCAUGUGAAAUAGUGUUGCAUUCUUUAGUUCCUUAAAAGAAUUUAGCACAGUAUCGAGAAUCUUGUAAAGUAUGAGUCUAAAUCUGGUUUUUUGGGUGAUUAAAUCUAUAGGCGUUA